AUGCCAAGGACCAAAGACGGCAGUCCCAAUGUUGAAGCAUUCCCUUACCACUGGAGUGACAAGAAGGGCCAAUCUGUAGUCAGCCAAUUGCUCACUACAAGAUGCACUGGUGACAUGGACAGCACUUACUCAGAGGAGGGCAUGGUUCAGCUAGAGCUUCUACAGGUUGAUGCAGAAGGUGUAGCUGUUUCUGAUUCACCAACAACUGUCUUUGUUCAAGAGUACACAUCAGCGGCUGGUGCACUGGGCCCUUUUGGGUGGUUUGACUUUCAGGUGAACUGCAAUUGCACUGAUAAUGUGCCAACCCAGGCUCCCUCGGUAACUGGUGGUCCAAGCACAACUCACUCUCCCAACAGGCUCCCCAACUACAUCCCUGUGGACGUCCCGACAGGCUCCCCAACUACAUCCACAUCAGGCUACCCAUCGGACAUUCAACAGGCUACCCCACUCGUCCCCAACAGCAUAUCCAACCGGACAUCCAACGGGCUACCCAACAGGCUACCCCACUUCGUCCCCAACACAUAUCCAACCGGACAUCCAACGAGCUACCCACAGGCUACCCCUUCGUCCCCAACAGCAUAUCCAACAGGACAUCCAACGGGCUACCCAACAGCAUCUCCAACAGACCACACCACUUUGUCCCCAACAGGAUUUCCAACUGCAUCGCCAACAGGAAGCCAUCCAUAG